AUGGCUUCGACGUCGACCUCCGCGAGCGUCCCGCCACACAAACAGCCUACUGUUCUAUUUUGUAUAGGCAUGGCUGGAUCGGGCAAGACGACCUUUAUGCAGAGGAUCAAUGCGUUUCUUCAUGGCCAAGGAAAACCUCCAUAUGUUAUAAAUCUCGACCCGGCAGUAACGCACUUACCAUUCACGGCGAACAUAGAUAUUCGUGAUACAAUAAAUUACAAAGAAGUAAUGAAACAAUAUAAUUUAGGGCCAAAUGGGGGAAUUCUGACCAGUUUAAAUUUAUUUACAACGAAGUUUGAUCAGGUGCUGGGUCUCAUCGCCAGGCGCGCCCCGACACUCGACUACAUACUCCUGGAUACACCGGGUCAGAUAGAGAUUUUUACAUGGUCAGCAUCGGGAGCAAUCAUUACUGAUGCCCUCGCGGCUACUUAUCCAUGCGCAGUGGCCUAUAUUAUAGACACACCCCGAACCACAAAUCCGGCAACAUUUAUGAGUAACAUGUUGUAUGCAUGCAGCAUUUUAUACAAGACCAAGCUCCCGUUCGUCCUAGUGUUUAAUAAAAUCGAUGUGGUGUCUCAUGAUUUUGCAGUCCAAUGGAUGACUGAUUUUGAAGCCUUUCAGCAAGCUCUGAAGAACGAUACCAGUUAUAUGAGUAGUUUGAUGAACUCGAUGAGUUUAGUUCUCGAUGAAUUCUAUCAACAUCUGAGAGUGGUUGGUGUUUCGGCUGUGACUGGUGAAGGCAUGAAAGAAUUCUUCGCUGCCGUCGGUGAGGCCGUCAAGGAAUACGAAACAGAAUAUAUACCUGAAAUGCAAAGGUUGAUACGUGAGAGGGCAUUACGACAAGAAAGAGAGCAACAGGUUCAAUUAACGAAUUUAAUGAACGACAUGGAGAUACAUCAGGAUCAAAAAAAAUAA